GGGUAUACAUGGCACACGGUUUCAGUUUGCCUCGGCUUCAUAAAAAUAAGAUUGUUGACCACAGCCCUCUGUUGUUGCUUUUACGUGUUGUGGAUAUGGCGGCUAAAAGCCAAGCUGAUUUGGAAGCGUUUGUAAACCACUGGAUAGUCGACUACUAUUCAGUUCUUGCAUUAGAGCUGUUCAAAAACAAGAAAUACGAUGACUUCCGAGGGAUUAUAGCUAUACUUGACAGUAUCUUGAGCCGUCCUGUUAACUCUUCUGAUGUCAUGCCAACAAAGAUACGAGUAUUGCACUUUCUUGCCCGGAUAAAUGAAGGGGAAAAUCUUGAUGUUGUAUUUGAGCAGGACCCGUCAGUGACUCCUCUGGAAUCAGCCUUAAAGGUGCUGGAAGAUAUGGUAGUGGAAUGCAGUGCACCAAUACCAGAGAGGGAUUUCGAUAAUGUGUGCGCCUCACUUAAAGAGAUGAUGGUGGGCCUGUUUAUCAAAAACUAUGAGUUUGACAAGGCAAACGAGAUGCUCAACAAACACUUUCCAAAACCAAGAGUUGGCACGAAAGCUAUAUUCAGUCGGCUCAUCAAUCAGAAGAAGAAAACACAUGAGGUCAUCGAGCAAAUCGACUUCCAGAGUUUCAGGGAGGAGAUGUUUGACUUCUGCCAGAGUCUCUUCAACGACGUUCCCUUUCUCUUAAGGGCUGCAACUCAGUUUAUUGAGGAAAAAGAAGUCAGGGUUCAGGGAGCGAAGGCAGCUGGACCUGACGAGCAACAAGCAGCCGGCCCGUCCUCUACUCCAAAAAUAUGCAGCGUCCAUAAUCCACCAGGUAAUCAUACAAUAAUCCAGAAGACCAGACUGGAGGCAGCCUUUAAGGAGUUGGCUACGUGUCUUGAUUGCAAAACAUUUGCUCAGCUGGAGGAAGAAGUGGAGGAAGAACAGCAGGCAAGAAAAGAUCAUUUUGCCCUGGUCCUCCCACCUUCUCUGGAAGAGGAGACCUAUCAGGACUCUGAGCAGGAUGGGAUAUUUCAGAGAGAUUCAGGCAGCCCCAUGGAAGCUUCCCCAGCAGACCAAAUUCAAACAGAUGUUGUUCCCAAAGCAGAGGCAGGAUGGCUCUCAAAGACACCCUCGAUGCCGACAAACAAGCGGCUUUACACUGUGGCACGACUGGUGGUGGAGCCGGACAGCCAGGGGAGCUCACAGUGCACAACAGCCUCAAAGGAAGUACAGACAAAAGUCAGAACAGAGCCGCCACAGUCACCGGCUGCAGCCAAUGAAACAGAAGAGCAGAGCUUGGAAACGGAUGAUGAGGUCAGUCUACCUGUACGGAAGCUACCCAGACGAGAAGGCCGCAUUUGUAGCAGAUAUUUCCUGACUGAGUCUGAACUCUCAUCAUGCAGAAAGUCAGAACAGUUAUCAUCAGACAGUGGUGAGGAACCACAGGAGUCGCCUUCUCCCUGCAAAGCCCCAGUGCGUGAAUCUCGGAUAAAACAGGCCAGAAUUCUUCUCAGCAAGCAAGUUCAAACGUGUCCAGAUGAAGUCCAUAUCCGGGGUUCUUCAUUGGACAGCUCACCAGACAUGUUCCCUACUCACCCCGUCCCUCAGACAAGCUCUACUCCAAACAAGGACUCUGCUCAGGACAAAGGUCCUUCCAAUUCAAAAUGGAAAAUGCUGUACGCUAACGCUAAGGAGAGUAGGGAUAUAUGGAGCGAUGAAGAGACAUAUUUCCAUGCCAAAAAGAAUACAGGAUCGACCAAUCAAAGCGUCAAUCGGACGCACUCAGGCAACAGAAAGAAGAAGUGGAGUGAAGACGAGACGCAAAGGUUAAAAGAUGGGGUCAAAAGAUUUGGAGAAGGCAACUGGAGUAAGAUAAAGGCGUGCUUUGACUUCAAGGACCGGACAAAUGUCAACCUGAAAGACCGAUGGAGAACAAUGAAGAACUUAAACAUGAAUUGAGUUGUUCAGGACUGUUCAAAUGGGCGGGUGAAUGACAUUGUGCAUCAACCUGUUUUCACGUUCACAAUUGUCUCUUGGAUUCUAGAAGGGAAAAGACAUUUGCCUUACUUCUCCUGUUUUCAGACUCCAAUUAUGUUUUAAGAUAUUGUAAUAGAAUUCAUGAGCGCUGUAGUUCAAUAAAUGUUCAUGGUUUGUUUUUAA